UUUUUUUUUUUUUUCUUGAGAAAAUGAAUACAAUGGAAACUGACGACAAUCGAAUACCACAUCAAGAUAGACAAAAUAGUCGUAUAGAUUCUCCUAGGCAAACUGAAACUCAAGUAGACAAUCGAUCACCUCAAUCAUUUCGUAGAAACAUGCCCAAUUACUCUAUGAACCAAGGUAACAAUAGUAACAGCAAUAUAUUCGAUCCAAUGAUGGCGAUGAAUAUGGGUAUGAUGAAUCCAUUACAAUUUCAACUCAUGAUGCAGCAAGCCAGUAUGGCUAGACCCAUUUCAUCUCAACAACAACGAUCUUCUAUUUUACCAUCCGCAUCACAAAAGCCUCCACCUGGAUAUGUAUGUUUCAAAUGUCAACAACGAGGUCACUGGAUUUAUUAUUGUCCCAAUGUUCCAAAAGGACAAUAUGUACCUCGACAAAUCAGCUCAACCCAUCAUCCACCUACCGUACCACAAUUGAACGAGGGAACAGAUACAAAUCCUGAUGAAUUGACGUGCACUGUUUGCAAGAAUCUCUUUCGAAAUGCGUCCAUGGCAUUAUGCUGUGGCAAAUCUUUUUGUGAUGAAUGUAUUACCACUGCCUUGAGUGACUCACAUCAAUGUCCAAAUUGUGGAAAAGAUACUUCCUCGAAUCAAAUUGUCCCCAACAAGACAUUACGCAAAAUCAUUGAUGCUUUACAAGAGGAUCGCAAGUCCAUUAAGGAAGCAUUUGAACAUGACAAUCAACAAGAUCAACACACAACUGGGGAGGAAAUAAAUCAGCAACGAAGCACUGAAAUGGAUGAAUCGGAGAGCAAGUCACCAGCAAAAUCAUCAUCGCCAUUACCGUCUUCCCAACAAGACCAUCCAAAAUCAAACAAUCGUCAAAAUCAACAAAAACAUCAACAACCCUUCGAAUCAAAUGACAACUUCCGUAACACAGCUGGGCGAAAACAACAAAACAUGAUGAUGAUGGAUUCACCUUUUGGAAUGGAUAACAUGGGUCGUGGUGCUCCUUCUGGUAUGCCUUUUAUGCCAAAUCCUACUCUCUUUAUGGGUGGAAAUGGAAAUGCUAUGCCUCCUUUUGGUUUCCCUGACAUGUCUUGGAUGUUCUCUACUAAUGCUUCUGGUGGUAGAAAUACUAAUUUUCUUCCAGUAAGUGGUAUACCUCCUCCUCCUUUUUUCCCUCCGCCUGCUGGUGGUGGUCCCAUUCAUUACCGUCCUGGUGGCAUUCCUAGUCGCAGUCGUAGUGGACGAACUUCAAAUACCCAACAACAGCAACAACAACAACAACAACAACAACAACAACAACAGCAACAUCAGAAACAUUCAACAACUGGUCGACGACAAAGUGAAGAUUUCAACGAAUCAACCAAUCAACAACAGUCAGUAUCACACAACAAUAGUAAGGACGACAACGAAGAUGUUCAUGGAGAGACUCGUUCUUCACAUCGUCAACAAAAAAGUGGCGACAACACAAAGGAGACUUCUGGAAAAAGCGAUUCAACAAGAUACAGACACAGAUCCCCUUCAUCAAAGUCUACGCGUGAAAGCCGGAAACGUACACGAAGUCGUUCUCGCAGUCGGGAUCCAUCCAGCAGUCAUCGAAGAUACAGCAAUAGUAGCAGUACCUCUAACAGUCGGAAACAUCAUCGGUCAAGUUACUCUCCUUCCUCAAGACAUUACUCAGAUGGAGAUGAUAUUGUGGAUUAUGAAGAUGAUGAUCAUUUUGAAGCUCAGGUGGAACAACAAGAAGAGACGAAGCGCAAGGUUUAUCAUGAUGAUGACUUUGAUGAUGAUGAAGAUGACGAUGAUGAUCAUCACCAUCGCCGCCACCGCCGUCAUCGUGACAGUAGUAGAAACAGCCAUCGAUCUAGAUCUUCCCAUCGUCAUCAUCGUCAUCAAGGAUCAUCGAGUAGUCAUAGAUCAUCUUCAAGACAUCAUCGCUCGGAAAGUCAUCGAAAAAAGGAUAGAUAUAGGGAUUCAAGUAGAGACAGAUAUCAUCGACGUGAUAGGAAAUAGUAUAGUUUUGUUUGAUUUAAUAAAAAUAAAAAUAAAAAUAAAGAACCAUGGCAUUUUGUUGCAUUGUAUGGAU